AUGUCUAAGCUUACAACUUUUUCCCCUCUCACCAAACUAAGACCUUUCAAAGACAACUGGCGAGUUCGAGUGAAGUGUUUGCAUUCAUGGAAGCAAACGACAACUUUUGGAGGGGAUACCUUCGAGAUGAUUUUCGCUGAUGAAUGGGGUAACAAGAUCCAGGCUACUUGCAAACGAACUCUCAUGUACCGAGUUCAACGUGAUUUGCUGAAAGGGGAAUGGGGAGUUAUUGAAAAAUGUCACCAACAUCCAGCUGGUGGUCAAUAUCGAGCUACAGAUCAUCCUUACAAGAUGACGAUAGCAGAGGACGCCAUCCUAUCCGGUUCGAAUUUUAGUGAUGAUAGAAUGUUCCUGAAUCUUGCCAGUUAUGAACAAAUUGAAAAUGGAACUCUAAUGGCACCUUUCCUCAUAGAUGUAAUAGGGAGAGUCCAUGAACUUGGUGAUGUUCAAACCGUCCAGGUGUCAGGAGAAAACAGAAAAAGAGUUCAAUUUCGCUUGGUUGACGCCGAAGGAAACAAUAUUGCAUGUUGUCUUUGGGGAACUUAUGCAGAGCAACUAGAACCUUUUACUGAGAACACCAAAGAUCAAAAAAUUGUUUGUUUGAUAAGAUUUGCUAAAAUCAGCUCCUUUAGAGGAGAGUUACAAAUCACCAAUGCUUUUGAUGCAUCCCUCAUGUACCUCAAUCCAGUGAUUCCUGAAAUUGCAGAUUUAACACAAAGGCUGUCAGAUAAUCAUCAAUCUCUUGCUGUGGUAUACAAACAGAAAGGAAAGGAGUCUAAAAGAAUUGUGUACAACUGGGAUGAUGCUGAGAUCAAAUCUAUUUCAGAAGUUAACGAGGCCAAUCAGAUUUGCAAAGUCAUAUGUACUAUUGAAGCAAUAGAUACAGACUGGGCAUGGUUUUACUUCGGCUGCAACCAUCACAACAAACGUGUCACUAAGCUUCCUAAUGUUGAUUAUGGUAGGAUGACAAAAAUUGAUAAACCAUUGUUUCGUUGUGAAGGUUGUCAAAAUAGUAUCACUAACGUGUCGCCCAAAUUCAAACUACAUUUGAUUGUCAAAGACGACACAUCAACCUGUAAGCUAAUGUUGUUGGGCUCUAUUGCUAAGUCCAUCAUUGGAGUUCCUGCUGUUGACCUAUGGGAUGGCUCCUAUGAGGAGAUUGAAGAUCCAGAGAUACUACCAUCAGCUAUUAUUAGUUUGGUGGGAAAGUCAUUCUGUUUUGGAGUUUCUAUAGGCUCAGAUAAUGUCACCAAUGGAGCAUUGACAUUUGUGGUUCUAGAUGUUUUUUCUGGAGAUAAAGUUCUUAGUAUAGAAACAGAAUCUCAGAAAAUUUCUGAGACUGGCACGUCCUCUUCUACCAUGUCAUCUGGUAGUCAUUCAUCAGAUGAUUAUCCAACCCCCAGCACAAAACGCAAAGAGGGUGACACUGAUCUACCUGACUUAACAUCUACUAGCAAGAAAGUGUGCACGAAGUUGAUCAAACAUGAGAAGGUGGAAAAGGCAAAGACAGAUUUGGCUGAAGAUUGGAAUCCAUCAAAUUCACAAUCACCUACAUUCAAUGGAUCGUCUCAGACCAUAGACGAAGAUAAUUCAAUAGUCGGAAACGAUUUGUUUGCAGGAAUGAUUGAUACUGAUGAAGCACAAGUGUUUGAAUGUAGUUCUCAAGAGAAUACAGAUAAUGAAGAUGAAUAUUCUGAUAUAGAUGAUCCUAUGGAUUCAGAAUCGACUAUUGUGCUUAAUGUCCCAACGACCACUCCACCUAUGUCACUAUGCCCUGGUGGUCUUACCAAGUUUUCUAUAUCGUCCACGAACAAUUUAAAAGAAAGUGGUAAUGUGUCUACAUUCAGUUUCUUCAUACUGUAA